AUGCGUCAGUUUCUAUGGUUUACUUAUAUAUUACCAUGUUUUGCUCUAUAUUCUUGUGUUAGUUUAUCAUUAAUGAAAGAUUUUGAAAAAUCGAUACAUACACAUUGUAAUGUUUCUAAGUUUCUUCCAUCAAUAUCAGCAUCAAUUGGUGACUAUGAACCUCAACGUUUUAUAUGGCGUUUAUGUUUUGCUUUGGAUAGUAUUCCUCGUUAUAUCAUUGCUUAUUUACAAUUAAAUCAUUUACUUAAUCGUCAUCAUAUUGAUUAUCCUGAAUGUUAUACAUUAGUACAAAUAACAAAUAGUACUUUUCAUUUUCUUGAAUUAACAUUUCUUCUUUUAUUAACAUAUAUAUCAUCAAAUGAAAUCAAAUGGAUACAUGAAUGUUCAUUUGAUAAAGUUGAAGCUGAAAAAAAUCCUGUUGGAAAAUCACGUGAAGGACUGCAACCACUUGAUCAACCAAAUGUAAUUUUAAAUGGUCAAUUAUAUUGA